AUGAAUAUUGUUGGAGCGGAAAAAAUGACUAAAGUUUUAUCAAACAUAUGUAAAGAAAUUGUUGAAUGUAAACAGAAUGAACAACGACAACAUGUUAUGAUGAACGAAUGUUUUGAAUUAGUUGAAUGUUUAACAAAACUUAAAUACAAUAAAUUCAAUUGGGAGGAGGGUGCAUCGUUUUAUUUAACAAGUGUAUUAGAAUCAUUAUCUUUCUUAAUUAAUGAUUCAACAAUUUCAGAUAAUGAUAAAUCGAUUGUCACAAAUUUGAUUUUAUCUUUGAUGGCUAAUACAGAGUCAUUGUCGGAUGGAAUUUUAUCAGGCAAACAGCUGCCAUCUGUUCUAUGUUCAAUUGGAAAUAGAAUUGGUUCGGAUAAAUUUGACUUUUAUCUUUAUGAUUCAUUCGAGCUCACUAUUAACAUGGAAUCAUUUAAUGCUGAUAGUAUUGGAAUGAUGGGUGCUGAAUUUUUACCGGAAUUAGUUUUACAAACAAAAUCAUUGUGUUCAGCUCCGAAAAUAAUAGUCGAAUCGAAAACAAGUUUAUUUGAUGAGCGAUUUUUAGUAUCAUUAGAACUCAUUUCAAAACAUAUUAUAAAAUUCGUCCAGAAACAAAAUGAUGUGAGAAAUAUUCAAGAAACAUUUCGAAAACAAACAAUACCAACUCUUGGAAAAAUAUUAAAAAAGAACAGAUUAAUUAUUCAACAAAUAUGGUUCAACACAUUGUAUGAUGACUGUCAAGAAUUUUUAAAUCGUCAAUCUUUUGUCGAAAUUCCAGCUAAAGAAUCUUGGUCAUUUCAAAAUAUUGUUCAAAUGAAUUGUAACUGUCCUAUUUGUCACAUUGUCAAUGAAUUUCUUUUGGAUCCCAUACAACAAGAAGUCGAAAUAAAUAUUUCUCGGCAAUAUAAGAAUAGCCAUAAUAUUGAAGAGUUACUUAAUCCAAAAUCUGUUUGUUGUAUCUGUUAUUACCCUUAUAAUUUAUUGAGAAUUGCUGAAACUAUUACCAAUGUGCAAUAUUGUCAACAGCAACGUCAGAUAUGCUUGGAACUAAAACAAGAAUUGAUGAAUAUAAAUGAUGACAUUUAG